GUUUAACAUCAUCAACGACUAACGUUUUUUUUUUGUAUAAUGAUUAAUAAUUAUAAGUACACCAGUUAAAAAGAUUAGUUAAAUUUAUAGAUUUAGGUAUAAUAGUGUCUGGUAAAAUGGAAAAUACUAAAUGGGAAGCCGUUUUGGUUGCCUGGGUAAACUGCCUUGAGUUGAGCAAAUCUAUACAAAAGCUGCAGGAUCUUAAGGAUGGAGUUUUUCUAAGAGACUUCCGUAAGCUAAUCAAAAAAUCUGCUGAUCCUCUUCCUGGCGAUGAUUUAACAGUAAUUUUCGAUAUUCUUAUCACAAACUACCCCAAAUUCAAAUUCCCAGAAGAAAAAGACAGUAUUCAUAUAAGUGACUUGCCUUAUUCAGACCUAAUAAACUUGACAUCAUUAUUAAUGCAUUAUGCAUCUGUUUUCGAUAGGAGGAAUGUCUUGACUUCUCCAAUGUGUUACAAUUUGAAAUCCUCGACUCAAAUGUAUAUAAAACAUUUUUUGGAGUUGGUUAACCAUGAUAUUACUUCAAACGAAUUAGAAAAUAUUAUCAAAACGAUUGUAUCAGACGACACUAUUCAUACCCCUCUGAAGAAAAAGAGUCCUUUAAAUGACUUUUUAAAAACUCCAGCUUCUAAACAUAUAAAAUUACAAGAAAUUGACAAGUUGAAGCAAGAAUUAGAAAUUGAAAAAGAAGAGAAAAUCGACUUGGAAUUGGAACUAAAAGAAUUACAAGAAAAAUUUAAAAAAGCAAAUAUACAAUUGAAUCAAAAAAACUCCGAAAUUAAACGUUUAAGAAACGAAGUUGACUUAUUGGAAAUGAGAACCCCACCACAUUUUCAAGAUGUUGAUUCAAGGGAAACUCAAAAACUGUUAAAAUUAGAAAUAGAAAAUUUAGAACAGUAUGUGGCACAAUGUGAAAAAGAGCAUGAGGAAUUGAAAAUGGACAUAAAUAAUGAGAAAAGCAAGUCAAAGACUUUGCAAAUAGACUGUAGAAUAUGGCAAGAAAGAUUUUUUGAAAUUGAUGAGAAAUAUAAAUUUUUUUCUGAACACUCAAAAGAAUUGGAAUCUAGAAACGAGUCAUUACAAGCCCAUUGUGUGGAAAUAGAAGCUCUAUUGAACGAAUUUAGAUGCAAGUCUACUAACUUGGACGAUAGCAAUCUUGGUUUGGUGAAUAGAAGAUCGAAAGGAUACGAUAUUGUGGAAGAUUUGGCACAUUCAGUUGUAGAUGUUCAAUUGAAGGAGGUGCAGCAAAAAUUGGAUGACGCUUUGAUGGAUUUGGACAAUGUUUUGGAUGAGAAGAGGAUGCUGGAAAAGGAAUUAGCAGAUUCAAGAGAAUCCAAUCAAAAGCAACAGCUGGAAAUUGAAGAACUUAAACAAAAAUUAAGUUGUUCAAAUGAAAAAAUUGAGCAUCUAAUUAAAAGUUUGGAGGAAACUAAAAUUGAACAAAGAACCACUGAACAGUUGCUUGAAGAGAUCAAAAUAUCGAAAACUGACUUGCAAAUUGAACUUGAAAACACCUUAGCCCUUGUUAACACCCUGGAAAGUGCCAAAAAAGACAUUGAAAAUGAACUGACCUUGUCAUUGGAGAAGUUAUCCAAAACAAAAUCAAAGAAGGUUCAAUUGAAAAAGGAAUAUCUAGAUAAGUCGCAACAGCUUAAUUCUCUCCAAUCCCAACAUGAAGCAACUAACAAAAAUUUGACAGACACGCAGAAGCAUUUGGCUUCUUCCAAUAACAAAAUUGAACUUUUAUUAAAAAAUGUAGAAGAUUCUAAAUUUGAGCAAAAAGCAACUGAGCAGUUACUUCAGGAAACAAUAGCACUAAAAAGCGAUUUGGAAAUUAAGCUUGAAAAUACUUUAGUUGAAGUAAAAACCCUUGAAAAUGCCAAAAAAGCUAUUGAAAACAAUCUGACUCUGUCAUUGGAAGAAUUAGCAAAAAUAAAAUCGGAAAAAGAUGAACUGAAAAGCGAUCAUUUAUUUACAUUGCAACAAGUGGAAUCAUUACAAUUUGAACAUAAGGAAAUUAAUAGCAAAUUGACAGACACACAGAAGAGUUUGGCUUCUUCCAAUAGAAAAGUCGAACACUUAAUUAAAAAUUUAAAAGAAUCUAAAAUUAAACAAAAAACAACUAAGCAAUUGCUUCAAGAAACCAAACAACUAAAAGCCGAUUUGGAAGUUAAACUUAAUGAAACUUUGGCUGAUGUAGACAACCUUAAAAAAGCCAAACAAGACACUGACAAUAAUCUAGCUCUCUCAUUGGAGGAAUUAACAAAAACAAAAUCAGAAAGGGACGAAUUGAAAAGUGACUAUUUAUUUAGUUCACAACAACUGAAAUCUUUGAAAUUUGAACACGAAGAAAUUAACAAAAAAUUAACAGGCACACAAAAAAUGUUGGCUUCUUCAAAUGAAAAAAUUGAACUAUUAACAAAAAAUAUAGAAGAUUUUGAAAUUAAACAUGAAACAGUUAAACAGGUGCUUCAAGAUACCAAAAAACUAAAAACCGAUCUAGAAAUAAAUCUUGAAAAUACUUUAGUUGAAGUAAACUCCCUGAAUAAUAUCAAAAAAGACAUUGAAAAGAGUCUGAUUCUGUCAUUGGACGAAUUAACAAAAACGAAAUCAGAAAGGGACCAAUUUAAAAGCGAAUACUUAUUAACAUUACAACAACUGGAAUCUUUACAAUUUGAACAUAAAGAAAUCAAAAAAGAUCUGACAGAUUCACAGAAGAAUUUGACUUCUUCCAAUCAAAAAAUUGAACAGUUAACCAAAGACUUGGAAGAUUUUAAAAUUGAGUAUGAAACAACUAAAAACGUGCUUCUAGAAACCAACAUAAUAAAAAGCAACUUGGAAAUUCAACUAAAAGAAACUUUAGUUGAAGUUAGUAUUUUGGAAAAUGCUAAAAAAGAUAUUGAAAGAAAUCUUCAAGAAACCGAAAAACUAAAAUCCGAUUUGGAAGUUAAACUCAAAAAUACUUUGGCUGAUGUAGACAACCUAAGAAAAGCCAAGGAAGAUACUGACAAUAAUCUUGCUCUCUCAUUGGAGGAAUUAACAAAAACAAAAUCAGAAACUGACGAAUUGAAAAGCGACUAUUUAAUUUGUUCACAACAACUGGAAUCUUUAAAAGUUGAGCAUAAAGAAGUAAACAGAAAUUUAACAGACACGCUGAAGAAUUUGGCUUUUACAAAUGAAAAAAUCCAACUGCUUACAAAAAAUAUAGAAGAUUUCAAAAUUGAACAUGAAACAGUUAAGCAGGUUCUUCAAGAAACCAAAAAACAAAGAACCUAUUUGGGAAUAGAGCUUGAAAAUACUUUAGUCAAAUUAAAUACCCUGAAUAAUGCCAAAAAAGAUAUAGAAACGAAUCUGACUCAGUCGUUAGAGGAAUUAUCAAAAACAAAAGCGGAAAGGGACCAAUUAAAAAGCGACUAUUCAUUUACAUUACAACAAUUGGAAUCUUUACAAUUUGAACAUGGAAAAAUGAACCAAAACUUUAUAGAAUCGCAGAAGAAUUUGGCUUCUGCCAAUGAAAAGAUUGAAGCCCUAACCAAAGACUUCGAAGAUAUUAAAAUUAAAAGUGAAUCAACUGAAAAGCUACUUCUAGAAGCAAAAAAAAUAGAAAGUGACUUGCAAACUCAACUUGAAAAUACUUUAGUUGAAGUAAGUACCUUGGAAAAUGCCAAACAAAAAAUUGAAAAGAAUCUAGCCAUCUCAUUGCAGGAAUUAUCACAAAUAAAGUUGGAAAAGGACCAAUUUAAAAACGAUCAUCUGUUGACGUCAAAACAGUUGGAAACAUUACGAUUUGAACAUGAGAAAAGUAAUAAAAAUUUGACAGACAUUGAGAAGGAUUUGGUUUCUUCCAAUGAAAAAAUCGAACUCCUAACUAAAACUUUAGGAAAUUUGGAAAUUGAGCUUGAAACAACUAAACGGGUGCUUCAAGAAACACAACAAAUUAAAACCGAUUUGGAAGUAGAGCUUGAAAAUGUUUUAGUCCAAGUAAAUACCCUGGACAAUGCUAAAAAAGAUAUUGAAAAUAAUCUGGCUCUGUCAUUGGAGGAGUUAUCCAAAACAAAAUCGGAAAGGGACCAAUACAAAAGCGAAUAUUUAUUUACAUCACAACAACUGGAAUCUAUCCAAUUUGAACAUAAAGAAAUGGAGAAGAAUUUGACAGAAACUCAGAAUAAUUUGACUUCUUCCAAUGAAAAAAUUGAACGCUUAACCAAAAAUGUAAAAUAUUUUGAGACUGAGCAUGAAACACUUGAAAUGGUGCUUCAAGAAACCAAAAAACUAAAAAACGAUUUGGAAGGAGACCUUGAAAAUGCUUUAGCUGAUAUAAACAACCUAAAAAAAUCCAAGGAAGACACUGACAAUAAUCUAGCUCUCUCAUUAGCAGAAUUAACAGAAACAAAAUCAGAAAGGGACCACUAUAAAAGCGAGUAUUUAUUUACAUCGCAACAACUGGAAUCUUUACAAUUUGAACAUGAAGAAAUAAAUAAAAAUUUGACAGACACUCAGAAGAGUUUGGCUUCUUCCAUUGAAAAAUUCGAGGUCUUGACCAAAAAUUUAGAUGAUUCCAAAACAGAAUAUGAAACAACUAAACAAGUGCUUCAGGAAACCAAAAAAAUUAAAGCUAACUUGGAAAAUCAGCUUGAAGAUACUUUAAACAAAGUAAGCACCUUGGAAAAUGAAAAAGAGGAUAUUGAAAAGAACCUGGCCCUGAUACUGGCCGAAUUAGCAGGAAUAAAAUCAGAAAGGGACCAAUUUAGAACCGACAAUUUGUAUAAGUCACAACAAUUGGAAUCCAUACAAAUUGAAUUGAUAGACACAAAAAUAAAGUCCGACAAACUCGACGAAACAAUUACAUUAAACACAUUGCUAGAAAAACAAUUAACAGAAAAGAAUAAUGAUUUAGGCAAGGCCUUGGCCGACUUAAAAAACACAACGUCCGAACUAGAACAGUUGAAAAGUGAACUGAAAGAAUGCUUCGAUCUCAUUGAAACAUCUAAAAACAAAAUUGAGAGCCUCGAACAACAUUUGAAGGCUAAAAAAUUGGAAUGCAACAAUCUAAAAUUGGAGAGAGAAAGUAUGAAUUUUUAUUUGGAAGAUUUUUCAAAACAAUUGGAAGAUAGUGAGGAAAAGUCAAAGAGGAUGGAGAAAAAUUUGAAAAGUGCUACCAUGGAGCAGGAAAAACUUGCACAAAACCUGAAAUUAACCAAAGAGAAAUUGAAAGAAACUGAAAACAAACAUUUAAGUGCCUUGGAGGAAAAUAAAAAUCGACUGGAAGCAGAGACAAAUGAUGUCUUGGCCAAAAUUCAGGAAGAAAAUAAGCAAAAUUUUAGAGAACUAGAAAUAAAAUUCACCCUAGAGAAGGACAAUUUAAAACGAGCAGUUGAAGAAGCUGAAAAUCAAUUGAAACUAGCCAAUGAAGAAUCGCAGAAACUUAUAAAACACGCUGAAGAUGAGCAUAUGAAGGCCUUAGAAGAGGCUAAAAAUCAAUUGGAAACAGUAAGGCAUGAAAAAAAUGAAAUUUUAACUUUAUUGACCAAAACUCAAGAAGAAACAAAAUUUAUGAAACAAGCUGACAUUGAGCAUCUCAAGACCCUAGAAGAAGCUAAAAAUCACCUAGCCAACACUUUAGAAGAAAAUAAUCAAAUUGUAAAACAAAUGGAAACCAAAUUUGCUUCAGAAAAGGAAAUUUUGUUAAAAACACUCGACGAAACUAAAAAUAAAUUAAAAUUGAUCAAUCAGGAGCUGGAAAAAGUUAUUUUUGAAAAAACUGAAAUGCAAAAACAAUUAACCAAGGCUGAGAAGGACAGGCUAGCCGUCUUAGAAGAGAUUAAAAAUCAACUUGACAUUGUGAAGCUUGAGAAAAAUGACACUGAAGUUGAAAAAAACACAAUUUUCUUGGAAUUAGAACAUAGCAAAACUACAUUAGAAGAAGUUACACGUUCUCUUCAGGACAUAAAAAACAAAUUUGAUGAAACAGUUGAAGAAAAAACUAUAUUGGAGAAAAAACUAGAAGCAAGUCUAGAAUUGACAUACCAGCUAAAACAGGAAAAAGAAAAUCUAACUAAUUUAAUAGAUGAAACUGUGAAACAACUGGAAAAUACCCAAAAAGAAAAAUCAUUAAUAUCCAAUUUCUUAGAUUUAAAUAGUCAAGACUUGCUCAAAGUACAACAAGAAAAAGACCAACUUUUAGAGGCUCUAGAAAUGAGCAACCAAGACAAGCUAGAAUUGGAUUCUAAGUUGAACUAUCUACAAAACUCUAUAAUCGUCAAAAUCAAAGAAGAUUUGGAAAAGUUGUCUUCCGAAAUGAAAAAUGCAAUUUUUUACCAAAAACAAUUACUGGAUACCAAGGGCAAAGAACUAGAAGAUAUUUUGACCAAAUUUGAAAGUGACAAACAGAAACUCUCCACAUCCAAACAAGAAUCUGACAUCAAACUUGAGGCUGCAUUACAACGAUCGCAACAAUUGGAAAGUGAAAAAAAUAAACUUUUAGCCGAUAAAGGCGAAAUACUGGAAACUCUUCAAAAAUGUAUUAAAGAAAAAGAAGAACUAUUUAGAGAAUUGAGCAAAGUUUCUGGCCAAUUAGAACAGAGCAAUCAGGAACAGGCUGCCAUUUUGAGCGAUUAUCAGGAUAUGGAAAUAUUACUUAAGGAAAAUGGAGACAUUUUGGAGGAAUUGAAAGUGUUGAAGAAGAAGGAGAAUGAUUUUGAAAAGUAUCAACAAGAAAUGGAGUUGUCCUUGAAGGAAAAGAAUGAGCUUCUGGAACAAUCUGCUAAAAAUUUGGCUGAGGCUAAAAGAGAAAAACAAGAUUUUGAAAAGCAGGAAAUUAUUAUGGUAGAUGGUUACGAGAAGUUACUGAAGGAAAAGAACGAGCUCCUGGAUCAGCUAGACAAAGAUUUAGAUAAAGUUAAAAGGGAGAAAGAAGAUUUUGAAAAACAACAGAAAGAGAUCGAGAUUGCCUAUGAAACUUUGUGUGUGGAAAAGAAUGAGCUUUUAAAGGAGAAACAAGAAAUGUAUGACUUUUUGCAAGUAUGUGUGGAGGAGAAAGAAAAAAUGAUGCUGGAAAGAGAUAGGUUCCAAUCGGAAAAGGCAUUAUUACUUAGAGAACAAUGCACCAUGUAUGAAAAAUACGAACUCAGCCAACAAGAAAUUCAAAAAAUCAAAAAGGAACGUAACGAUAUUUUGAAAACACAAACUGAAAUCAUGAAAGAUACUGAAGCGAGCAUUUUAAGGGCGCAUCAAACAGCUAUCGAAGAGAAAAACGAGCUAUUGAAAAGGAUAAAAAAGGACGAGACUGAAAUGGUGAAUUUGAGGAAAAAAAUUGAAGAGCGCAAUUGUCAAGUACAACAACUCGAAAACAUGAAGGAGGUAGAUGACCAAGAAAUAAAAACGCUGAAACAGAAAAGAUCGAGAGACAGAGAAGAAUUCUUGAAUCUUCUUCGAAAGGAGAUCGAAAAGGGUGAAUUGAAAAAAGACAAAAAAGUGCAAGAAAUAAAACUGGAAUAUGAGGAUAAGCUGGAUAAAAUGAAAAAGAAAAUGCUUUUGUUGUACAGAGAAGAAAUAAUAAAGGAAACGCAAAAAUUGAAUGGAGAAUUGGCAGUGGAAAAGGAAAGAGUCGCUUAUUUGGAAAAGAGUAAUAGGGAAUUGAAGAAUAAGCUAUUUGAAGUGGAUUCGGGCAUAAAUAAUGCAAAAGAUAAUUUUUAUUUAUCUCGCGAAUCUCUUCCAAGGCAAGGUGUUUCCAGCCUGAGAGGCAAGGGAAAUAAAGUCUCUGACAGUACUUCAUCAUUGAGGGAUAAUAUCACUGCAGGACGCUCUAGAGAUAAUUUUAUGCAUAAAGUUAAAAGUACCUCAAACUUACCGUCUAUGAGCAGAGAUAAUAGAACAUCAACUUUACCACCACGUUUUCAAAAUAAGGACAACUUCGUUGAAGAAACUGUAACAUUCACAAGGAGAACAUCUAUUAACAGCUUGGGACAAAAUAUUGAAAUGGAGGAUGAAGAAGACGAUAUGUUUAAUGAUAGAUAUCUGGCCGAUUUGAAGGCAGGAAUUUGCAACCCUCAACAUGAAAAUCUGGAGCGAGCAUCUGAACUGGCCAAAAGAAAUUCCAUGGUUCCUAUGCAUUUACGUACCGCUUAUGCUGUGGAAUUACAAGGAGUGACCCCAUCAAAGUGCAAAGAAGAAGACAUAAGGGCUGGCACCAUUGAUCUGGAGAACGAUGACAGCAUGACGUGUCGGUUGCUACCAGGAGAAAAACCGCGACAAAAAAAGGAUUUCGGUACCACUUCCUAUAAGAAACCGGGUCCUCCUACUCCCAGUAAAAAUGGAGGCAGAUCAUCGUUGCAAGGCAAUGAGGUUUUGCCUCUGAGGGAGUCUAAUAGUGGAAACUCACCAAAAAAGGCUACUACUCCGGGACGUAUUAAAGCCUUAUUCAAAGGCUUCCACAAUAGCGCCGGUCGCGACAAUAAUACAGAGAAUGUUACUCCUAAACCCACCAAAAGGACGAGCUUCUUCAAAAGCAGAAGAUAAGUCAUUUUUGUUAUAAUUAAGUGAUUUUUUAGUCAUUAGUUUUUCAAGUUAUAUCACCAUAUUUA